UAAACAGCGUGAGAGUCGAUCCGGUCAUCUAUCUAUCGGCUUUAAAAUGAAGUACCUGACGUGUGUGCUGCUCCCGUUGGCUUUAAUUCCGACUCUGAUCGGCGCUUAUCCCAGCACAGUGGUUGUGAAUGGCGUCUGUCUGACUUGUCCCAAUCCGAAUGGUGAACCCGUCUACCUGGAUGGCCAGGAGUACCGCAGCUUCUCGUCAUCCCCUGGCGAUGGUAAUGUGGUCAUUUCCCGUGGCAAUGACGGUAGGGGCGGUGGAGGUGGCACCAUUUACCGGAGGGGUGGUAACACCAUCGUCAAUGGCAGGUGCCAGCACUGCAACGUGGAUCUCUAUUAAAGGCUUAAACAAUAAAGUCUGAAUAUUGAAUUAAAA